GACUUCAUGAUUGAUCAAUGGCUAAACGUCGUGUUAAGCAACAAAAAAAUAUUUACUGAUGAUGAGGCGGCUGCUAUCAAAGCUAAAGUGAAUCGGUUAAAACAAAGUAUUUUGGAACAAAAUAACUUUAAAGAAGCAAGACAAUAUCGAAUUCAGCAAGCAUACAAUGAGUUUAAACAUUUCAUAGUCUUAGGUCAUCCUAGUUCAGGUAAAACUACACUAUCAAAAUGGUUGGUUAUCAAUAUGGCUAAGCAGUGUUUACGUGAGAAAAAUAUGUUUUUUGAUCAUAUUUAUUCAAGAAAAGAGAAAAUACCAAUUCUUAUUCUAAUAUGGAAAUAUGUUGAUCAAGUAAAAGAAAAUCUUACGGAAAAAAAAUCUACUUUGCUUCAGUUUAUUUAUGAAAAUUCUACUUUUAAUUCAACUUUUUUCAGUGAUGAAGAACGAAUAGAAUUAUCAUUUUUGAUGAAAGAAUCAUUAGUAGAAGGAAAUAUUUUAGUUAUAUUUGAAGGUUUAGAUGAAGUUCCUGUCCAUGUCGACCGAUCUGAUUUAAUAAAGGAAAUAAAUACAUUAUUAGAACGAGGAAUAGAUUAUGAUGUUAUGCAUGAUAAACUUACUUAUUCCGUUCAUGAACAAAAAGAUAUACAUAAUACAAGAGAUCCUACUAUCGGAAAUCGAUUUAUCAUAACACGUCGUAUUGAAGGAAAUUAUUUUGAAGAUAUCAAAUUUUUUAUUCCAAGAUUAACUAUUAAAGACAUGUCUAAUAAUGCUCUCAAAUUAUUUUGUAGUUCAUAUAUGAAAUGUAUAAACGAGAUUUCCGUUAAAACUAGGAGGGUUGGGAAAGAAAGUAAUAUCGAUCAAUUAUAUGAUGAGAUAACGCAAAACAAAGAUAUUUUUCAUUUGACAAUUAAUCCACAAUUAGCUAGUGGAAUUGCUGCAGUUUAUAAUCAAUGUGAAGGUCAAUUACCAGAGAAAAGAAUUGAUUUAUAUGAAAAAGCCAUCGAAAAAAUGAUAGAACGAUUAGUAACGCUUUAUAUCGACUCUCCAACA